AUGAACGGCGGCAAUGAUGCCCACCACGCUAGCUGGCGGUCAUCGCAGUCUUUUGACCGCCGGCGCGCCAGUCACGAUCACCGUCCAGGCCUCUACACCUUGGGCUCGAACCAGAGCAAUGCGAGCAUCUUUGAGGAUGUCGAGAUGGCACACGACGAGCUCUACUCUGGUCCUAUGGCAGAGUCGCUCCCAACUAGCGUGUCCGCAUUCAACCACCGCCGAGCUCGCGCCGAUUCCACCACUAGCUUCUCCUUCUACCAAGAAGACAUCGACGAACAUUUCGAGACAGGCGAGGUCGCAUCGGUCGAAGACCUUGACGAACUACCGUUUGAAGAUGACUAUGAAGGCGACGUUGGCGCAUCAGAGAUGGGUUCAUCAGACUUGGAGCGCCAAGCUCCAGACGACGAUUACAUGCUGAACAGACGGUCCUCAACUCAGUCAAGGAGAUCUGGACAUAGCAGGAUUCUGCGCAGAGACAGCGGUUUAUCAGCAAGCAGCGGGCAUGGAGGAAACCGUACCAGCCAAAAAGUAUACAUGGUGAACGAAGAUCUCUAUAUCGCCAUUGCUGGAUUCCGCACGAGCACUCUCGGCCUGGCUGUGUACAUCCUCAUAUGUUUAUCAACCUUUGGACUGGGCUGGCUUUUGUUUCGAUGGGUACCCAGAUGGCACGUCAAGCUGGUCGGACGACCAUCUUCAUUACGGGACUGUCAGUGGGUGGUUAUUGAAAACUCAUGGAACGAGAUGGCCAUCCUUAACGUUGACUCAAAGCCCUAUGGACGUGUCCUUUCGACUGUCUUCGGAACCCCGGGUAAACUGGCCAACUAUUCGUUGGAUGAAGACUAUGACCCAAUCCUCCAGGACCUCCGCAUGCUCAACUACCGCUAUGUGCGCUUUUUCUACCACCCGCUCAAGGAUAAGUUCAUUCUUUGCAAUGGCUGGAAGGAUCCGCUCUGGACAGACGUCCAAACCAUUCGCUCUGGUAUCGACAGCGACGAGAAGAGCCAUCGAGAUGCCGUCUUUGGGGGGAAUCUAAUCGACAUUGAGGAAAAGUCUACUUUCCGCCUCUUGGCCGACGAGGUCUUCCACCCCUUCUAUGUGUUCCAGAUUGCCAGUUUGAUAUUAUGGUCAGUUGAUGAGUACUACUAUUACGCCGUCGCUAUUUUCGUCAUGUCAGUUGGCAGCAUUGUAGCUACUCUUAUUGAAACCAAAUCGACAAUGAAGAGGCUACGGGAAAUUUCCCGGUUUGUAUGCGACGUCAGGGUGCUCAGGAAUGGCUUUUGGCGCCACGUCUCUUCCAGUGACCUUGUACCUGGUGACAUUUACGAGGUCAGCGAUCCGAGUCUCGGCCAGUUUCCUGCGGACAGUCUUCUACUUGGCGGCGACUGCAUCGUUAACGAGAGCAUGCUCACCGGUGAAUCUGUGCCAGUCUCCAAGACCCCGGCAACCGAUCAGUCGCUCCGGAAUUUGGACCUUGGUGCCUCUACCGUGCUUCCAGAAGUGGCGAAACACUUCUUGUUUUGCGGGACAAAGAUCAUCCGUGCUCGCAGGCCUCAAGAUGACCACAAUGAAGAGGCUGUUGCCCUCGCUCUUGUUGUCAGAACGGGAUUUAACACCACCAAAGGAGCUUUGGUUCGGUCCAUGCUUUUCCCUAAGCCGUCGGGCUUCAAGUUUUACCGCGAUUCGUUCCGGUAUAUCUCUGUCAUGGCAUGCGUUGCAAUGGUUGGGUUUGCAGCCUCGUUCAUCAACUUUAUACGGCUCAACCUGUCAUGGCAUCUCAUCAUUGUUCGGGCCUUGGAUCUGAUCACUAUCGUGGUCCCUCCUGCGUUGCCUGCAACACUCACCAUUGGUACAAACUUCGCACUCGGCCGUCUUAAGUCAAAGAAGAUCUUCUGUAUCAGCCCACAACGGGUCAAUGUCGGUGGAAAACUAGACAUUAUGUGUUUUGACAAGACAGGAACUCUGACUGAGGAAGGCCUUGAUGUUCUCGGAGUUCGGGUGGUUGAUCGAACCAACAAUCGGUUUAGCGACAUCCUUGACAACCCAGACGAUCUUGUGCCUCGUCAAGAUCACGGAACCGGAAUCAGAGAUUCGAGCGAUACGCUCAAGGCGGCACUGUACACGAUGGCUACGUGCCACUCUCUCCGGUCAAUAGAUGAUGAGCUUGUUGGUGAUCCCCUGGAUCUCAAGAUGUUCGAGUUCACGAGAUGGUCAUUUGAAGAAGGACACGAGGGAGGAGGCGCGACGGAUGGGGAAGAGCAAGGAACGUUGCAGCCAUCCAUCGCCAGGCCCCCAACCGUAGACAAGGGCUACACUGAUGCCGACCGGCAAGAUGCUGCGCAAAACGGGCGUGCACCAUUCGAGCUGGGUGUUCUUAAGUCUUUCGAGUUUGUGUCUCAGCUUCGAAGAGCAAGUGUUAUAGUUAAGACGUUUGGCCAGAAGAGCGGAGACAUCUUCGUCAAAGGCGCGCCAGAGUGCAUGCGAGACAUUUGCAAGCCGGAAUCAUUUCCCGCGGACUAUGAUGAUCAACUCAACUAUUAUACGCACAAGGGAUACAGAGUUAUCGGCUGCGCUACCAAGCACAUUCCCAAACUCAGCUGGGUAAAAGCACAGAAAAUGACGCGGCAUAACGUCGAAUCAGAUCUGGAUUUCGUCGGAUUUAUCAUCUUCGAGAACAAGUUGAAGCCUGCAACGGCCCCGGUUUUGAAAGAGCUCGCCGAGUCGAAUAUCGGAUCGGUCAUGGUGACUGGAGAUAACAUUCUUACUGCGAUCAGCGUUGCGCGGGAGUGCAGCCUGAUUAACAAAACAGCUCACUGCUUCGUUGGUCGCUUUGUCGCUGGUCAUUCAAGAGACCCUAACGCCAAGUUACAAUGGGAGAGCAUCGACAAUCCGAUUUACCAGCUGGACGACCGCACCUUGCUCCCCUUACCACCACCGCCAGAGGGAGAUGUCUCUCUUCCAUACGACAUUUCUAACCUACGGAACUAUUCUUUGGCUGUCAGCGGCGAUGUAUUCCGUUGGGUGAUUGACUAUGCGCCUCCAGAAGUUAUGCGGAGAAUGCUCGUCGCUGGCAAGGUAUUUGCUCGCAUGUCUCCCGACGAGAAGCAUGAGCUUGUUGAAAAAUUGCAGAGCAUAGAUUACUGCUGUGGCUUCUGUGGCGACGGCGCCAACGACUGCGGCGCUUUGAAGGCCGCCGAUGUCGGUAUCUCACUUUCCGAGGCUGAGGCAUCGGUGGCCGCUCCUUUCACAUCCAGAGUGUUCGACAUCCGCUGCGUCCCAGAGGUGAUUCGCGAAGGCCGAGCCGCGCUUGUGACCAGCUUUAGUUGCUUCAAGUACAUGAGCUUGUACUCAGCCAUCCAGUUCACGUCAGUCAGCUUCCUGUACGCGUCAGCAUCGAAUCUGGGCGACUUUCAGUUCUUGUUCAUUGACUUGGCCCUCAUUCUACCGAUCGCCGUCUUUAUGAGCUGGGCCGGCCCAUUCCCAGAGCUCUGUCGUAAGAGACCGACGGCCGACCUGGUCUCUCGCAAGGUGUUGGUGCCACUUCUUGGACAAAUGUUUAUCUGCAUCUUUAUCCAAACUAUGGCGUUCAUCGCUGUACGCGAGCAACCCUGGUUCAUCCCACCCAAGGUAGAACACGAGAAGGUCAACAUCCGGAAUUCUGAAAAUACCGCUCUCUUUUUGACGUCCUGCUUUGAGUAUAUACUCGCAGGUGUGGUUCUCAAUGCGGGCAGGCCCUUCAGGCAACCUCCCUGGAACAACUGGCCCUUCGUUGCUGCGAUUGCUGCCACUCUUGCGUUCACGGGAUACAUGAUCCUCGGCCCGGCUGCCGGGCUGGUGAGUCUGAUGGACCUUACUCCCAUCAGCUGGGACUUUAAGAUGUUCAUAUUUGCCCUGGGCAUCAUGUAUUUUGUUCUGGCUUGGGUUGGCGAGCACGUCAUGUUCCAACGGCUUGCGCGCUUGAUUGGAAAGGCCAGUCAGUCGUUGACCAGAGAGCCCAAGAAGAGGAAGGAGUAUAAGGUCAUCUUGGAGAGGAUGAUCUGCUAA